UCCUCGGUGUCGUGGUUAUCCAAGUCGCCGUGGUCGUUUGGGCCUACGUGGGCUUAGGCCGGCCCACGAAAAAAAUACUUGGAAGAAAAGAUCUCCUCGCGUGAGCCGACGCCGCGAGCGAAGCCCGCGGCGACACCACCACCCACCAACGUUAGCUUCUGCGUGUGGCCGUGGGCGCGCGCUCCGCCCGCGCCAUGACGACCGCCACCGCCAUCGUCGCCGGCCACGGCCUCGCGCUGCGCCGGAGCCUGCACCUCUCCAAGCCCAGCUGCGCCACCUUCUCCGCGCGCGCGCUUCCGCCCGCCGCCCAUUGCUGCCGCACCGUCGUCGCCGCGGCCGCGCCGUCGUCGCGGACAUGCCGGUGCCGGUCCGUCUCCUCCGAGAGCUCCACCGCCGCCGCGGCCGACACCGCCGACGACGAGGAGGAGGUGACCAAGAGCGACUCGGAGGAGGAGGAGAUGGACCCGCUGGCGGAGGUGUGCUACCUGGACCCGGAGGCGGACGCGGAGGGGAUCCGGGAGUGGGAGCUGGACUUCUGCUCGCGCCCAAUCCUGGACGCGCGCGGGAAGAAGGUGUGGGAGCUGGUGGUGUGCGACGCGACGCUGUCCCUCCAGUUCACCCGCUUCUUCCCCAACACCUCCAUCAACAGCGUCACCCUCCGCGACGCGCUCGCCUCCGUCGCCACCUCCCUCGGCGUGCCCCUCCCCGACCGCGCCCGCUUCUUCCGCUCCCAGAUGCAGACCAUCAUCUCCCGCGCCUGCAACGAGCUCGGCGUCAAGGCCGUCCCCAGCCGCCGCUGCGUCUCCCUCCUCCUCUGGCUGGAGGAGCGCUACGAGACGGUGUACAGCCGCCACCCGGGCUUCCAGUCCGGCACCAAGCCGCUGCUCACCCUCGACAACCCCUUCCCCACCAGCUUGCCGGAGAAUCUCUUCGGCGACAAGUGGGCGUUCGUGCAGCUCCCCUUCUCCGCUGUGAGGGAGGAGGUGGAGUCGCUGGAGAGGAGGUAUGCGUUUGGGGCGGGGCUCGACUUGGACCUCCUGGGGUUCGAGCUCGAUGAGAACACCUUGAUACCUGGGGUUGCCGUGGAAUCUUCGCGAGCCAAGCCUCUAGCUGCUUGGAUGAACGGUCUAGAGAUCUGCUCAAUGGAGGUUGACACGGGCAGGGCGAACCUGAUCCUAUCGGCGGGGGUCUCGACCAGGUACGUCUACGCCGGGUACCAGAAGAGCGCCGCGACGACGCAGGAAGCCGAGGCCUGGGAGGCGGCGAAGAAGGCCUGUGGCGGCCUGCACUUCCUGGCCAUCCAGGAGAACCUCAACUCCGACGGGUGCGUUGGUUUCUGGCUCCUGCUGGACCUUCCCCCGCCGCCUGUAUGAUUGAUCCUGCAGUCCGGAGAGUAGCAUCUAGCAGCGUGUGUUUCCAUCAAAGAUCACUGUGUAGUAUGUGUAGCUCCAGUAACAAAAUUUUCAAUACAAGAUCCCUUCCAUCUGUACUACACACUGGUGUACUAAGGAGGAAAAAAAGAAAAGAAGAGGAGAUAAGGGCUCUGUGUGUUUUCAUGUGAGAUAUGAGUUUCUUAAGAAAAAAAAAGGAAUAAGUUCACUUA